AUGCGGAGCCAAAGAAGGCAAAGUAGAAGACCGCUAAGGACACCGCCGCCAGACAACUUUGUGAGCUUCGCCACUUAUUUCCCCAGGUUGCUGAGGCAAGUGCACACAGGCCUGAGUCUCUCCCACAAGGUGGUGAACGUCAUGGAUUCGUUUGUGAAGGAUAUUUUUGAGUGGAUAGCCGAAGAGGCCGGGUGCCUGGCCAUCUCCAACAAUCACUGCACCAUCACGAGUGGAGAGAUCCAGACAGCUGUGUGUCUUCUCUUGCCUGGGGAGAUCUGCAAGUAUGCCAUGUCUGAGGCCACCAAAUCAGUCAUCAGAUACGACUGCUGCAGAUGA